AUGCCAAUCUUCGGAUCCCGCCAUUCUCCCUCUCCGCCCCCAGUACAGACUGCACCGGCCAGAAAGCCUUCUCUCUUCUCUCGCAGGCGAUCCCCAUCCCCUUCCACCCGUCACACCACCUCAUCAACCUCCCACCACACACACACUGCCCACACAUCCUCCCCUAAGCGCGCUUCAGGGAUGUUUUCCCGCUCUUCGGGAGAUCCCAGUAUUGCUGCUGCCAAGCAAAGCCUGAUUAGUGCCGAGAACGCAGAGCGAGCGGCCGACGAUGCGUUGCUACGGGCGAAGAGUGCGGUGAAAGAGGCGAGGGAACAUGUGCAUCGGUUGGAGAGGGAGGCUGCCGAAGAGGCGCGUUUGGCGAAGAUCAAGCAGGGAGAGGCGAAAGCAUUGGGGAAGAAGGGCAAGAUGCUUGGUCGUCAUGACCAUAUUUGA